AUGCUGCCGGGCCGCGGCUUCACCGAGGGCGUGGGCGUGGAACCGCGCCGUGAGCUGGUCUUGUGGGGGACUGAAAUUGCUGUUUAUGCGUUCAUGCAUCCGCACGCAUGCGGACGACGGCCAAAAGAGCACCGACGCGUCGAGACGGCGGGUCCGGAGCCGGAGCUCACGGGGCAGCCGGGGCCAGCCGGGGGCACGCAGGCUGCAUUGAGAAGGAGCUCGACCGAGGAAUUCGGAGCUGUAGAUUUGAAGGCGUUCGUGAUGGUGUUGUCGAGUGUCGUUGAGUGUGGCCCAGCGAAGGUACUACCCUCCGCUCUUUUGUUGCUAUUCGUAUCUACCCUGCCGGGCGGGCGACAAGGCUCAAGGCGCAAGGGGGCCCGCACCCUAAUCGAUAGUGUGCUGCGCUCUGGUCAGCCCGGCAUCCGUACCUGCGCAAGCGGUGGUACGAGUGUCCCGUUGACCGUUGGGCGGGCGCCCGUUUAGGGGAUGGGCGAUCCCACGCCCUUGAUCCAUCCCGCUGUUGGUUGAGCUCGGUACGAUGCCGAUCAU